AUGAUCUGUGAUGAGGGAAUCUGCUUCUUCUUGCAGUCUCGGGUUUCCUUUGAGGAGGUGGCCGUGUAUUUCUCUGUGGCGGAGUGGGGCCUGCUGAAUCCGGGCCAAAAAGCCCUCUACAGGGAAGUCAUGCUGGAGAACUAUGGGAGUGUGGCUUUCCUGGCAGCAGAUGUAGAGGAGACAGCUGGGGAAUUCCAGGGGUUCUGUUUGGAAAAAAUCAAGAAUGAAGAUGCUGAAGAAAACUUUGGAGAUGGACCACAGAGGCAGGAGGAAAGCUGCACAGCAGGAGGUGAUCAGAGGAAUAAGGAGGAUGAAGAACUGCAUCAUGUAUCACCAGAUGACAUCAAGAAAGAAGAUGUGAGACGAAACGUCAGGAUACAAAGAAAGUCUCAGAGGCAGAAAGUCAGGUGCAGAGUGAAGAAGAGGGAUAAAUCUGUUCCUUGCCAAGGGGGGGAUUUGCAAGAAGUAAUUCACAGGUUGGAGGAAACUUACAAGUGCAUGCAGUGUGGAAUGAACUUCUCAGAUCAAACCCAAUAUAAUAUUCAUUAUUCGAAGCACGGUAUAAUGAAGGGAUGUAAAUGCUUUCAGUGUGGAAAGUGUUUCAGAAACAAAUCACAACUCCUAGUGCACCAAAGAAUCCACACAGCGGAGGAACAUUUUGAAUGCUCAGAAUGUGGGAAGAUAUUCAGUCAUAAUUCCCUUCUUAAACAGCAUCAAAAAACCCACUCAAAGGAAAAACCUUUUGAAUGCUCAGAGUGUGCGAAGAGAUUCCGCUUGCGUGGUGAUCUUCAAAUUCAUCUACGAACUCACACAGGGGAGAGGCCUUUUGAAUGCUCUGAGUGUGGGAAGAGAUUCAGCCGUAGUAGCUAUCUUCCACAGCAUCAAAGAACACACACAGGGGAGAAGCCUUUUGGCUGCUCAGAGUGUGGGAAGAGAUUCAGUCACAGUGGCCGUCUUCAGAGUCAUCUGAGAACCCAUAGAGGGGAGAAGCUUUUUGAAUGCUCAGAGUGUGGGAAGAGAUUCAGUCAGAGUGGCAAUCUUCAAAGUCAUCAAAGAACCCACACAGGGGAGAAGCCUUUUGAAUGCUCAGAGUGUGGGAAGAAAUUCAGUCACAGUAGCAGUCUUCAAAGUCACCUAAGAACUCACACAGAGGAGAAGUCUUUUGAAUGCUCAGAGUGUGGGAAGAGAUUCAGUUGGAGUGGUGAUCUUCAAAAUCAUCUAAGAACCCACACAGGGGAGAAGCCUUUUGAUUGCUUAGAGUGUGGGAAGAGAUUCAGUGAAAGAAGCACUCUUCGAAAGCAUCAAAGAAUCCACACAGGGGAAAAGCCUUUUGAAUGUUCAAAGUGUGAGAAGAGAUUUAAUGACAGGAGCAAUCUUCUACAGCAUGAAAGAAGGCACACAGGAGAGAAGCCGUUUGAAUGCUCAGAGUGUGGGAAGAGAUUCAUUGAAAGAAGCACUCUUCAAAAGCAUCUAAGAAUUCACACAGGGGAAAAGCCUUUUGGAUGCUCAGAAUGUGGGAAGAGAUUCGCGUACAGUAGCAGUGUUCUAAUUCAUGUAAGAACUCACACAGGAGAGAAGCCUUUUGAAUGCUCAGAAUGUGGGAAGAGAUUCAGUCACAAUAACAAUCUUAAAAAGCAUCAAGGAAUCCACACGGGACAAAAAGUUUUGGAGUAG